AUAUCACAUGAACCGAACUGAAUACCGGAUUGGACCGAUAUUUGGACUGUAUAGAAUACGACACCGUAUAGAGGCAAAGGUGUGUCUACCAUAUUCGAGCCUGUAAUCUUCCGUCUCCGUCUCCUUCCAUUAAAACAUCUCCGCCAGAGAGAGAAACUCCGAUCUCUCUUUCUUCAUAAAAAGAUGCAAUAUUUCUACAUAUUGAUCGUAUCUCUACUCCUCACCACCCUUAGUUUCAAGGGUGAAGCCAGUGGCUCUGUUUUCUUCAUUGAUGGAUCCAACAACCAAUACCUUCGUCCACCAUCAGAGCAGGCGCUUCCCAUGUCCCUCUCUGAAGUAUCUGCAUCAGUGUCUGCCUUGUUGGGUUUUGCACCUCCGUCUACUUUAACAGCUGAUGGCUCAUCCAAGCUGAACAAGAUUCUUAAACCUAAUCCAUUCGAGAGGCCUCGUGCUGCUUUUGUACUAGAAAUCGCUGGAGCUGAUGAUGCGCUUGUGGAAACCUUACCUAGUCAUUCUUUCUUGGGAAAUGCUGUGAGAGGCAGUAUCAGUUCUGAUUCUUACAAAGCUGAUAUUGAACUUCCAGAAAGUGAAGUAGAUGUUGUGUCUGUCAAUGAACCCUCAUCUGAUGCGACUGACAAAGACAUGAACGAGUUUGCAUCUUGGUUGGGUGGAUCAUUCGUUACUGGAUCUGCUGAACCAUUGAAUGGAUUGCUGAGUAUCCCUCUGGCUGGUGCGGCUAACGUUGAGUUCCAUUUGGAAAAGGAAGCAGAGAGGAAAUUCGUUUUGAACCUUUUGGAACUAUAUAAGAAUAUCAGACGAGCAGUCAACCUUCAUGGGGAUUUAUCUCAUGAUCUUGCUGAAUUAACAGUUGGACGCUUUGGCGGUAUCGAUGCUUUAGCACAGGAGUAUGGACAAGGUAUGGCAAAGAAAGGGAUGGAUGUAUUGCUUGCCACACUAUCAAAGCUAUUCCAUCUGUUGGAGUCAUCUCAUAAAGGCCAAAUUGUUGGAGUGAUCGUCCUUGAUGAGAGAGUAAACCAAGAAUCAGCUAAUCUGCUGAGCGUUGGGUCUUCUUCUCGUUCAUCUGCAAGGUCGAUGGCUGAGGUAGAGGGAGUUCCAAGUGGAGCCAUUAUCGCUCAAGUUAUUCUUGUUAGGCUGACACUUGCGUGGUUAACUGGAAUAAUCCUUCUCAUUGCAACUAUCCUUGGGGUGUACUUCCUUAUGUACAUGCCUUUGACGAAGGACACGCUCCUAUAUUCAAACGUGAAGCUCGAUUAAUACAAAGAUUCUCAGCCGUGUUUCUCAACUGGCUACAUUUGAAACCAGUAGUCUUAUUUGAAUGUUUUAAGAGAAGGAUGACACCUUGUUGGGGCCAAGACCAGUGGGAUGUGUUUUUACGUGUAUAUUGACAUAAGGUUGCAUUCUCGAUUUGUUAUUUAUUUUCUUAUUUCGUAUAUGUGGGUCUCAAUCCUGAUAUAAUAAUAAUAAAGAACACUUUUGGACAUUUUCAUGUAAUCUUCUGUUUAUUGUAAGAGCUUUUGAUCAUGGAA